AUGGAAAGCAUGAAGCCCCAAGAUACUCAUGCACUAGACCACUCAGCCUCGAGGGGCGUCCUCGAGCCCGUGGAGACUGAUCUCGAGACAUCGAACAGCUUCGCGGAGCUCUCCGAGGACGCCCGGGACCCCGAGCCUGACCUGACAAGGCUCUGCAACAAAGGGGCUUCACCCGCGACUAUCGCGGUACCCCUACAUUGUGCGAAAACACACUCGGAACUUGGAUGGGCGUACGUGUGUGGAACGAAGAAGAAGCUCAACAAGAAGCGGAUCGGCGCUUCUCAGAUUGACACGCGGCCGCCUGUUAGACGUCGAACGACGCCCAUACCAGCCAACGAAAUCAAGAUCACCCUCAGACCCAACCAAGGACUAGCGCUCGGACAGGUAGGAAGCAUCGAGCUCGGAAUAGCGAUUAUUACCGAGGUUGGAAAACCACAUAUCUGCGGAAAGAACGACUUCACUGCUUACAUCAGAUACGGCUCCAACAUCGUCGUGAUCAGCACGGCGAGAACGGACACCGCCGAGGAAAUCAAGAAGAUCACAAGACUCCGCUUACGUGGGAGGGUUCACGAGUUCAACACCCACGUCGUCAUGGACGGUACCAUAAAGGGAGUCAUCCACGGAAUAUCGGCAGGCACCAAAGAAGAGGAGCUUAUGGAGUUUCUCGACACCAGGAACGACAGCAACAGGAUCGUUCAGGCGAGAAUGAUGGGAAGAUCAAAGACAGCUCUGCUGACUUUCAUUGGAGACAGACUACCCAAGGUAGUCUACGGCAUGGGCACGAUUAUCUCGGUAAAUCCGUACGUCCCCACGAGACAAGUGUGUUACAGCUGCAUGAAACCGGGGCACAGGAUCGACGUCUGUCCAUUUCCAGACGUAAAAGCUUGUCAGAGGUGCGGCAAGAGGCAGCCUGAAGAAAACCACAUGUGCGUCCCCAGAUGCGUACUAUGCGGGGGAGAACACGUCACCGGGGACAAAGAAUGCAAGCAAAAGUACAAGGCGAGGUUCCAAGCAGGUAGCCACCAGCAAGGAAUGAGUCAACGAAAGGAGGGAGAAGAGAGAAAGGAAAGGAAGUGGCAGCCGCCACCCGAGACACGACGCAAUGAAGUCAUCCGAAAGAAGUAUACAGAAGAGGACUAUCCGCAGCUACCAGCCAGCCCGUGGGCAGCAGCGGCAACGAUGACGACGGCAACCAUGGGAAAAGGCCCAACUGAAGAAACAAGGAGGCUACGGGUCCAUCUUGGAAGGAAAGAAGCUGAGGUGGAGAAGAUGAAGGAUGAAAUGGCCACCAUGAGAAACGAAAUCCAGCAACUCAGGAACGCGCUCAAGACGCAAACGGAAAGAAAAAACAGUGAUAAACCGGCAUACCGAGCAAAACCGAAACCAAGAGGCGAAACACCGGUACCCAAGACUCCGAGUAACGAGGCGCAAGAGAUGAAACAAGAAAUGAUAAAAGAACUGAAACAGGAGAUACAAAAAUGGAUGACCGACAUGUUCAAGAACCUUCAAAUUGGAAGGGGGACAUGGGAAAGACGCAACAUGAUUACGACUAAGCGCAAGGGAAAGGUCAGAAUACCACAGGCACCUACAAUCAUCUGGCAAUGGAACUGUAGGGGACACAAACAGAAGCAAAGCAACUUCAACUUUCAUAUACAAAACCAAAUCAUCAGACCAAAUAUUAUUGCACUUCAAGAGGUCAGCGGAGUACCUAAGAUCUCGGGGUACACCACCUUGGUCAGCCUAAAACAUAAGCCAAGAACGGCGACUCUGAUAAGCAAGAACCUCACAGCCAUAGAGCACAAGCUCAAGGAGCAAGGGGUGGAACAUGUUCUACUCGAAAUCAUACCCAAAAAAAAGAAAGACAAGAGUCUAUUCGUGUUAAACGUAUACAGCCCGCCGAGAUACGUCGUCCAGGACUUCAGGUCCCUGUUCCGAGAAGCGAGCAAGAUCGUUGGAGGCAACGCACUCGUAUUGGUCGGCGACUUUAACGCGAGACACACGAGCUGGGGGUACCAAGAGGACUCGAAGAAAGGAAAGCAACUGGCAGCAGCGAUCGACAACGAAAGACUGGAGAUCAUCAACGACCUGCUCAGACCCACACGCACUGGGAACAGCAUCAACAGAGACACUAACCCAGACCUCACUAUGAUAAAAAAUCUGGACCAGCACAAGGUUACCUGGAAGAAUACCGAGGAAACGAUCGGCAGCGACCACGCAAUCAUAGAGAUAAGUGUGGAAGCGAGCACUAACAGACGCAAGAUUGGCGCCUCCAAAAUGACCAACUGGAACAAGUUCAGACACCUCGGACCGGAAGGAGGUAUUGAGGACCUGGAGACGUGGGUGGCGGAGCUACAAGCCACCAAAGCGCACUGCACCAAGGAGAUUAGCCUAACCGAGGCCAUACCGGGGGUGGAUACGCACCUUCUUGGGCUGUGGGAAAAGAGAAAGGGAAUAGUCAAAAGGUGGAAGAAACAAAAGCACAACAGAAAGCUCAGGCUCCGCAUCUCGGUGCUAAACAAACAGACCGAAGAAUACGCCACGCAAUUAGCCCAGCAGAACUGGGACCAGAAAUGCGACUCCCUCCAGGGAACUUUGGGACUUGCUCAGACGUGGAGACUACUACACCACCUGGUAUCCCCAGCGCAAACCAAGUCAGAAGGAUGCAAAACGACCCUAAAGAUCGUCCACUCCUACAAGGGAACUGACGAGGAUCUACUGAAACAGAUCAAAAAGAAAUAUAUUGGUGAGCCUGUACCACCACAAGACGAGGCGAGAUGUAUACGGUACACGGGAAGAGCCAACGAGAAGCUGGAUCGGGAGUUCGAGGAGGCCGAAAUGAUCGCAGCUGUACAAGACGCAAAGAAUACUACCCCGGGAAGAGACAAAGUCACCAAUGCCAUGCUCAAGAACCUGGGCUGCGAGCAGCAAACGAACUUAACCAACUUCUACAACAAAAACUGGAACCAGGGAACCCUACCCGGAGAAUGGAAGCACUCUGAGAUAAAACUCAUUCCGAAACCCGGAAAGAUCCCGGGUAUAGAGAACAUGAGACCCAUCUCUCUCACGUCGAACAUGGGCAAGCUCAUGGAGAGGAUGGUGCAGGGAAGGCUCGAGAGACACCUCGAAGAAGAGAACCUGAUGCCCGACACGAUGUUCGGAUUCAGGGCCCGCCUAAGCACCCAGGACGUGCUUCUACAAUUAAAGGAAGAAGUACUUGGGGACAACAACAUCCCCAAGUACGGCGAAAACAUCGUGAUGGCCUUGGACCUAAAAGCCGCUUUCGAUAAUGUUUCGCACAAGGCAGUAUUAGAGAGCCUCAACAAGAUCAGCUGCGGGGAGAGAACCUUCGAAUAUGUCAAGACGUUUCUCACGGACAGGACGGCAACCAUAACCAUCGGCAACGUAAAAUCGAAAGAAACUAGCGUCCCCAACAGAGGCACCCCGCAAGGUGCGGUCCUAUCGCCGCUGCUGUUCAACCUGGCACUCAGGGACCUGCCGGUGGAGCUAGAAAAGAUUGAAGGGAUAAGACACGCAAUUUAUGCUGACGAUAUCACGAUCUGGACCACUGAAGGAUCCCUCGGCGAGAAGGAAGAGAGACUCCAGAGAGCCGCAGACACGGUCCAUGUGUACGUGAAGAGCCGCGGACUGAGGUGCUCUCCAGAGAAAUCCGAAAUUAUAAGGAUUCACAGGAAUGGAUACGACCGAGGAGUACCCAUUAAUGUAUCUCUGGACGGACAAGACAUACCCGAGGUCAAGCAGAUGAGAAUCCUGGGCAUGUGGAUCCAGCAUAACGGGAAAGCCACGCGCACCAUACAAUUACUACAGAAAACUACUGAACAGGUGACCAAGAUGAUCACUAGGAUCACGAACCGGAGAAGAGGGCUCAAGGAAAAGGACGUCAUGAAGCUUAUACAAGCACUGGUUAUUAGCAGAGUAGUGUACAGUCUACCGUAUCACUACCUCGACAUGAAAGAACAAGAGCAGGUCGAAGUCCUCAUCAGAAAAAUAUACAAGAUAGCGCUCGGGCUUCCGCAGAACGCCCCUACUGCAAAACUAGAACAAAUGGGGGUGCACAACACCUUCCAGGAACACAAGGAAGCCCUACUGAUGGCACAACGAAGCAGACUAAAGAAGAGCGGGACUGGCAGACAGCUUAUACAAAAGCUCGGGUACGGCGACUGUACAGAAGUUAUCCAAAAUUCCAGGGAACUGAGCGCCGGAGUCAAGGGAACCUACAUAGUUAGGCCCAUACCGAAGCACAUGAACCCCAUCAUGCACCGGGGAAGAAGAAGAGCAAGAGCGCAAUACUAUGAGCGUGAAGGCAAAGACAACGAGACAUUCGUAUACGUGGACGCAGGGGACUACCGCCGGGAUGCCAAGGUAGCUGUGGCAUUGGACCACGCAUACGACGAGAUAUCCAGCUGCUCCAUCAAGAACGCCAGCAUGGAGGGGGCGGAAGAACACGCCAUCGCCCUCGCCAUGAUCCACGGCUACAGGACAAAGAAAUGCUACACGAUCCUAACCGACUCACAAAAUGCCUGCAGGAACUACCUGUGGGGUUUUAUCAAUAAGACAUCAGCAGCAGCCCUAGAACGCGCCUGGAAGGAAGGCGUGAUCCACAAAAUCAUUUGGAUCCCAGGGCAUGAGGGAUUGACCGGUAACCUGAUCGCAGACGCCGUCGCUCGAGCAUACACCAACCGAGCGGCGGAAGAAGCGAGCGGGCCAACGGAACCAGUACCUCAAACCUACAGCAGCGUACUCAACUACUACAAAGCGGGGAGAAUGAGUCUCCCACCCCCGCACCCCAAGCUCAGCAGAAACAAGGCCGUCAGGUGGCGACAGCUGCAGGCGGGAACCUUCCCCAGCUUGCUACGCUUCCACCACAUAAGCCCGGAAACAUACUCGGACAGGUGUCCCUGGUGCCAAGCCAGGGCGACCCUCUACCACUCCACGUGGGAAUGCACCUGAAACCCCACACUUCCUACGGUACAAGACAACAGUCGGCAGCAGUGGGAGGCCAAGCUAGCGUGCAGCGACCUGGAAAAUCAGGAAUUCCUGAUUGAAAGGGCCUGCAAGGCGGCGGAAGCCAACGGCAUCCUGGACUAGGGAAAACCGACCACUAGCUUU